AUGUCAUCACUCACAGGACGAUCACUCGAUGUAACCAUCACUGCGGCAGCAGGGUGUGGUUUCUUGUUGUUUGGAUAUGACCAAGGUGUCAUGUCCGGCCUGCUCACAGGCACAGCUUUCAGGCAGCAGUUUCCGGAAAUAGACACCACAGGAGAAGGUGCAAGUGGCAGCACCUCGCUGCAGGGGCUGGUUGUUGCCAUUUACGAGAUUGGAUGCUUUGCUGGCGCUUUGAUGGCGUUUGGAGGGGGCGAGAAGCUAGGAAGACGCUGGACUAUCAUCGUGGGUUCCAUCAUCACCAUUGCUGGCGCUGCGCUUCAGGCUGCAGCUUACGGUAUCCCACAACUCAUCGUCGGCCGGAUCGUGGCUGGCCUUGGAACUGGCCUGAACACCGCUACCAUUCCGGUUUGGCACGCUGAGCUCAUGAAGCCUACGUCCCGUGGCCGAGGUCUAUCCAUCGAACUAGCCAUCACCAUAUUCGGUGUCAUGCUAUCGUAUUGGACGGACUACGGCAUGAGCUUCGUUGAAAGCGAAGCGCAGUUCCGCUUCCCCAUCGCCUUCCAGAUUGUCUUUGCGGCUAUCACUGCUGUCAUGGUCUUCGCUCUGCCCGAGUCCCCACGUUGGCUCAUUGCCCAUGAUCGACUCGAUGAAGCUCGCAACGUCCUCUGGCGGUUGCAACGGGAUACCAAAACAACCACCGAGACCUCUCCGCAAGUCGGCGCUGAGAUGCAUGCUAUUGAACACGCGCUAAACGAAGAGCGAGAGGCCGCUGCUGGCCAAGGAUUUAUGGUUAUCUUUAAAGGCGGUCCACAACGUUUCUUGCGCAGAACGCUCCUCGGGAUCGGCGGCCAGUUCAUGCAACAACUUUCAGGCAUUAACCUGAUCACCUACUACGCCCCUGUCAUCUUCCAAGUCUCCGUUGGCAUACCCCAUGAUACUGCCCUCCUCCUCGCUGGCUUCAACGGUAUCGCAUACUUCCUCUCGUCCCUGAUUCCGAUCUGGGUCCUGGACCGCUUGGGCCGGAGAAAGCUAAUGAUCUUCGCCUGCACAGGCCAAGCAGCCUCUAUGGCCAUCCUAGCCGGCACUGUCGCUGAGGGAAGUCAGUCGGCAGGCAUAGUAGCCAUCGUCAUGCUCUUUCUUUUCAAUUUCUUCUUCGCCGUCGGUAUGCUUGCCAUCCCGUGGUUGCUGCCGACCGAAUACGCACCCCUUGCAAUCCGUACAAAGUCUGCUGCGCUCUCGACUGCGUCGAAUUGGAUCUUUACCUUUCUGGUUGUUAUGAUCACUCCCGUCUCUAUAAACAGCAUCCAGUGGAAAACGUACAUAUACUUUGCGGCGCUCAACGCCGCCUUCGUCCCACUUGUGUACUUCUUCUACCCGGAGACUCGGAACUUGAGUCUGGAACAGAUCGAUCUACUGUUCAUUGGCGAGAAAGUAAGCCGAGGCUUACAGAGAGAAUAG